GGGGUGGUUGAGAGUAAGCUGCAGCGGUGGGCGUAUGUGAAGGUAAAUAUGGAUGGAGUGAUUGUGGGCAGAAAAGUUUGCAUCUUUCGACAUUCUUCCUAUUCUAGUCUUGCUCUUCAGCUUGAAGAUAUGUUUGGUCGACAGUGCGAAUCUGGAUUAAAGUUGUUUGAAACAGAUUCGGAAUAUAAUCUAUUUUAUAAAGGUGGAGACGAAAUUUGGAGGAGCGUUGGCGAUGUACCAUGGAAGCAGUUCGUAGAAGGUGUGAAGAGGCUAAGAAUUGCUCGAAAAGAUGAGGCUUUUGUUGUCAUUCACCAAAAUUAACUAAAAUUGUCAAAAUGCAACUUCUUGAUGGAAUUCUAUUUUGUGUUGAAGGCUUCUUUUUCUCGUGGACAUAUUA